UGUUUGUAAAGCUGAGAACAGUUUCUCACUGGUGCAACUUUGUGUCUGUACAGGUCCUACUGCCCUUCUGGCACAUGGGAUAGGGUUUGGAAGCAAAGUCACAACACAUCCGUUGGCCAAAGAUAAAAUGAUGAAUGGAGCACACUACUCCUACUCCGAGAGCCGCGUGGAGAAAGAUGGGAACAUCCUCACCAGCCGUGGCCCUGGUACCAGCUUUGAAUUUGGGUUGGCCAUUGUUGAAACGCUGAUGGGGAAGGAAGUGGCUGAACAGGUGAAGGCGCCCCUAAUACUGAAAGAGUGAAACCCUGGUGUGGGACAGGGAGCAGGACAAUUUUGGAUGGAGAGUCUUGCCCUUUGUAGAAUAACUUUAAGAUGCACUGUUGUAAAUACAAUUUAAUUGUGGGUGAAAUUAGCAACUGUACUUAACUAAACUGGGGUACCCUGACAAACCAAUGGUCUUUAUUUGCGAAAAAAGAUCCUGUUAGCAAAAAGCUUCAUCACAAAAAAGCAGGCAGUAUCUAAUAAUCUUAGUUAGCUCUUGGAUGGCAUUUAAAAAAUCACAUGAAAAAUGUUUGCUGAGUAAAUAAAAAUGAAGCAACUCU